UCCACAGCCUCUGAGCUCCUUGCCUGCCUUUUUCCUUGCCGCUCGUUUUCCAGGAUAACUGCGACUCCAGGCCCGUGAUGGAUGCCCUGCGACUAGCAAAUUCAGCUUUUGCUGUUGACUUGUUCAAACAAUUGUGUGAAAAGGAGCCAGUGGGAAACGUCCUCUUCUCUCCAAUCUGUCUCUCCACCUCUCUGUCACUUGCUCAAGUAGGUGCCAAAGGUGACACAGCAAAUGAAAUUGGACAGGUCCUCCACUUUGAAAACAUCAAAGAUGUGCCCUUUGGGUUUCAAACAGUGACCUCUGAUGUUAAUAAGCUCAGUUCCUUUUACUCUUUGAAACUAAUCAAGCGACUUUACGUAGACAAAUCUCUGAAUCCUUCUACUGAAUUUAUCAGUUCUACAAAAAGACCAUAUGCAAAAGAAUUGGAAACUGUUGACUUCAAAGAUAAACUGGAAGAAACGAAAGGUCAGAUCAACAACUCCAUUAAGGAUCUCACAGAUGGCCACUUUGAGAACAUUUUAUCUGACAACAGUGUAAGUGACCAGACCAAAAUCCUUGUGGUUAAUGCUGCCUACUUUGUUGGAAAGUGGAUGAAGAAAUUUCCUGAAUCAGAAACAAAAGAAUGUCCUUUUAGAGUCAGCAAGACAGACACCAAGCCCGUGCAAAUGAUGAAUCUAGAGGCCACGUUCUGUUUGGGCAACAUUGAUGACAUCAACUGUAAGAUCAUAGAGCUUCCUUUUCAGAAUAAGCACCUUAGUAUGCUCAUCCUGCUGCCCAAGGAUGUGGAGGAUGAGUCUACGGGCCUGGAGAAGAUUGAAAAACAACUCAACCCAGAGACACUGUUGCAGUGGACCAACCCCAGCACCAUGGCCAAUGCCAAAGUCAAACUAUCCCUCCCUAAGUUUAAAGUGGAAAAGAUGAUUGAUCCCAAAGCUAGUCUUGAAAGUCUGGGGCUAAAAAAUCUCUUUAAUGAAAAUACAUCUGAUUUCUCUGGAAUGUCAGAGACCAAGGGAGUAGCCCUAUCAAAUGUGAUUCACAAGGUAUGUCUAGAAAUAACUGAAGAUGGCGGGGAGUCCAUUGAGGUGCCAGGAUCCCGCAUCUUACAGCACAAGGAUGAAUUCAAUGCUGACCACCCAUUUAUUUACAUCAUCAGACAUAAUAAAACUCGAAAUAUCAUUUUCUUUGGCAAGUUCUGUUCUCCUGAAGUGUCAGGGUCCCACUAAAUAUCACCCACUUUGUCUGCAACUACAGAUUUCUGUAAACUUUGAAACCAGAGCAUCCCUUGCUAUACAAUAAAUUGUUAAUGUUGCUGGAUCAGGAAACAGCUGGUACAUUAUAUGCAACCUUCAGACUAACAGACUCUUCUUUUCCAAUUCUUCAUUGUUCACUGGGAUAAAGAAUAUCUAGACAUUUUCACUUUCUGAAAGUUUAAGAAACUCUGGAACAUGAGGCCUACACAACCAUCUUUGUCCAGUGAGAAUUUCAGGCAUGUGCUCACAGUCUUGAAGGUCCAGAAGUGUUUACAUUAAACCCUGUGAGAAAGAAUUUUUUUGAGAUCUUAAUAGAGGAUUUUGGAAAAAUAACAUGUUAUAAAUAAAUACUGUAUGUCAUAGUGUCUAUACAUAAAUAGGGUCUAGAACAUCACCUUAUAAAUCAAUACCUUAAUAUUUCUGCAACAAAAUAUAGACAAUUUAUACAAAAUGGAAAAAUAAGGAUGAUAGUCCAUGAGUGAUAAAAUUUUGCUGAAAAAUGAGUACCCCAUUGGCUCAUGACAUUUUUGAACAUUUUUAGAUCAUGGAAUAUUGGCUAAAGGAUUCUGAACCUAGACUAGUUGAAUAAUAAGCCCCUCAGGAAGAACGCUCAGCUCUAAAACUUGGCUUUUAUUUUUUUAUAGAGUCCCUGAUCAUUUGGUUGGUGCUGGAUUAGUGGCAGGGAUUUCUGACUGGACCUCAAGGUUUUUGAUGUCUCUGAUGCCAGGAAUCUAAAAUCCAUAUGGAUUUUCAUGUUAGUAGGAUAGUUUUAUGGGUGUUGAAGGAGGUUUCCUCUUUGUCUAAUGUGAUAGUGGGAAAAGGGAAGGGACCCCAAACUCUUAAGAAAUAUAAGUAAAACUAUUUAAGUACCUAUAUGCCUUGACAUGUGUUUUUUUCAGUUUAUGAAUCUUGUUAUUUCAGAUAGUAGUUUGUAAUUUACACAAUAGUAACUUGCAAAGUGGUUCUGGUAAGUUAUCUAUGUUGCAGGUAAUGUUUUAAUUCACUGCCAAAAGAAGUAUUUGCUACAGAUUUUGAGAUUCCCUCCCUUAUCUAUUCCUUGCCAUUCGUUGUAAAUAUGUUCUUGCUCUGAAGAAUUGAAUUUCUUCUGUGC